GGCCGCAGUCCUGCACCCAUGCAAAGCUGCGGGGAGAGAGAAGCCGCCAGCUUCCCGGGUGCGGGGCCUCUGAGCGCGCCUUCCCCUUUCCCAGGCGAGGGCCCCGCUCAGCAGGCCCUGCAGGCCCUGAGCCAGCGGCUCCAGGUGCAGGAGAAGGAGAUGGAGCUGGGGAAGGCCGCCCUGGCCGAAGCCCUGCGCCUGCUUCGGCUGCAGGCGCCCCCCGCCUCCCUGCAGGACCCGGGCCCCGCAGCUCCCACCAGGGCCAGCAGCCCUGCAGCCCCCCCAGGACUGCCACCCCCGUGCAGCCCCUCCUUGGUGAGCCGUGGCACCCAGACGGAUUCGGAGGUGGGGAUGGAGGCAUCCCUGGGAACCCCUGGCCUGAGCAAUGGGCCCGCGGCCCCUCAGGGGGGCAGUGAAGAGCCUAGUGGAACCCAGUCUGAAGGAGGGGGCAGCAGCAGCAGUGGCACUGGCUCCCCCCGGGGUGCUGGCUCCCCGGGGGGCACGGGCUCUCCGGGCAUCCUCAGGCUUGUACAGCCCCCCCAGUGCACCGACACGGCGCGGAGAAAUUCCUCUUCAUCGCCCUCAGAACGGCCUCGACAGAAGCUCUCCCGGAAGGCAGCGUCCUCGGCCAACCUGUUAUUGCGGUCAGGGAGCACAGAGAGCCGAGGCGGGAAAGACCCCCUCUCCAGCCCUGGGGGUCCGGGAUCUCGGAGGAACAACUACAAUUUGGAAGGCAUCUCAGUGAAGAUGUUCCUUCGCGGCCGCCCAAUUACCAUGUACAUCCCAUCUGGCAUCCGCAGCCUUGAGGAGCUGCCCAGCGGCCCGCCCCCGGAGACCCUCAGCCUUGACUGGGUUUACGGGUACAGGGGUCGUGACUCCCGCUCUAAUCUGUUUGUGCUGCGUUCUGGGGAGGUGGUCUACUUUAUCGCCUGUGUGGUGGUGCUGUACCGGCCUGGGGGAGGCCCAGGGGGUCCUGGAGGUGGCGGCCAGAGACAUUACCGGGGCCACACGGACUGCGUUCGAUGCCUGGCCGUCCACCCUGAUGGUGUUCGCGUCGCCUCAGGACAGACAGCUGGAGUGGAUAAGGAUGGGAAGCCCCUGCAGCCUGUGGUUCACGUGUGGGACUCGGAGACGCUGCUGAAGCUGCAGGAGAUAGGACUGGGGGCCUUCGAGCGGGGCGUGGGGGCCCUGGCCUUUUCAGUGGUGGACCAGGGUGCGUUUCUCUGCGUGGUGGACGAUUCCAACGAGCACAUGCUGUCCGUGUGGGACUGCGGCCGCGGCACGAAGCUGGCUGAGAUCAAGAGCACAAAUGACUCGGUCCUGGCUGUUGGCUUCAGCCCUCGUGACAGCAGCUGCAUUGUCACCAGCGGGAAAUCUCACGUGCACUUCUGGAACUGGAGCGGUGCAGCGGGGGUCCCCGGGAAUGGGACCCUCACGCGGAAACAGGGUGUCUUUGGGAAAUACAAGAAACCCAAGUUCAUCCCUUGCUUUGUGUUCCUCCCGGAUGGAGACAUCCUCACUGGGGACUCGGAGGGGAACAUUCUCACCUGGGGGCGGAGCCUCUCAGAUUCCAAGACUCCAGGCAGGGGCGGAGCCAAAGAGACCUACGGGAUUGUGGCUCAGGCCCAUGCUCAUGAAGGUUCCAUCUUCGCCCUGUGUCUCCGGCGGGACGGGACCGUGCUGAGUGGCGGCGGGCGGGACCGGCGGCUGGUGCAGUGGGGGCCUGGUUUGGUGGCCCUCCAGGAAGCUGAGAUUCCUGAACACUUCGGGGCUGUGCGGGCCAUCGCGGAGCGGCUGGGCUCUGAGCUGCUGGUGGGAACCACCAAGAAUGCGUUGCUGCGAGGAGAUCUGGCCCAGGGCUUCUCCCCUGUGUUCCAGGGCCACACGGACGAGCUCUGGGGGCUGUGCACACACCCCUUCCAGAACCGCUUCCUCACCUGCGGCCACGACAGGCAGCUCUGCCUGUGGGACGGGGAGGGCCACGCGCUGGCCUGGAGCAUCGACCUCAAGGAGACGGGCCUCUGUGCUGACUUCCACCCCAGCGGGGCGGUGGUGGCUGUGGGACUGAACACGGGGAGGUGGCUGGUUUUGGAUACGGAGACCAGAGAGAUCGUGUCUGACGUCACUGAUGGCAAUGAGCAGCUCUCCGUGGUCCGGUACAGCCCAGAUGGGUUACACCUGGCCAUUGGUUCCCAUGACAACAUGAUCUACAUCUAUAGUGUUUCCAGCGAUGGUGCCAAGUCCAGCCGCUUUGGCCGCUGUGUGGGUCACUCGAGCUUUAUUACUCACCUUGACUGGUCCAAGGAUGGGAACUUCAUCAUGUCCAAUUCUGGGGACUAUGAGAUCCUUUACUGGAACGUGGGCGAAGGCUGCAAGCUGCUGAGGAAUCGCUACGAGAGCCGGGACCGGGAGUGGGCCACCUACACCUGCGUGCUGGGCUUCCACGUCUACGGUGAGCAGGGGCGCAGGGUGGGGAGCGCGCCCCGGGCUGGGAAUGCUGGGCGGUGUCCAGGGAGGCGGGCAUCCACAGGGGAGAGGUCCUGUCCGCCAGGACCCUUACCUCUUUUUUACGUCUAUUUUGAGAACUCCUCCAGCAAUCCCUACCUGGUGAGACGGAUUGAGGAGCUCAACAAGACUGCAAAUGGGAACGUGGAGGCCAAGGUGGUGUGCCUCUUCCGGCGGAGGGACAUCUCCAGCAGCCUCAACAGCCUGGCGGACAGCAAUGCCCGGGAGUUUGAAGAGGAGUCAAAGCAGCCAGGGGUGUCGGAGCAGCAGCGACAUCAACUGAAGCACCGGGAACUUUUUCUUUCUCGGCAGUUUGAGUCCUUGCCAGCCACCCACAUCCGUGGAAAAUGCAGCGUGACCCUCUUGAACGAGACAGAUAUCUUGAGCCAGUAUCUGGAAAAGGAGGACUGCUUCUUCUACUCCCUGGUGUUUGACCCCGUGCAGAAGACGCUGCUCGCCGACCAGGGGGAGAUCCGAGUUGGUUGCAAAUUCCAAGCUGAGAUCCCAGAUCGCCUGGCCGAGGGGGAGUCUGAUAACAGGAACCAGCAGAAGAUGGAGAUGAAGGUCUGGGACCCAGACAACCCUCUCACAGACCGGCAGAUCGACCAGUUCCUCGUGGUGGCCCGAGCGGUGGGGACCUUCGCCAGAGCCCUAGAUUGUAGCAGCUCCAUCCGGCAGCCGAGCCUACACAUGAGUGCAGCCGCUGCCUCUCGCGAUAUCACCCUGUUCCAUGCGAUGGACACGCUGCAGAGGAACGGCUAUGACCUGGCCAAGGCCAUGUCGACGCUGGUGCCCCAGGGGGGCCCAGUGCUGUGCCGGGACGAGAUGGAGGAGUGGUCCGCCUCCGAGGCCAUGCUGUUUGAGGAGGCCCUGGAGAAGUACGGGAAGGAUUUCAAUGAUAUUCGCCAGGACUUUCUGCCCUGGAAGUCACUGGCCAGCAUAGUCCAGUUUUAUUACAUGUGGAAAACCACAGACCGCUACAUCCAGCAGAAGAGAUUGAAAGCAGCGGAAGCAGACAGCAAACUGAAGCAGGUCUACAUCCCCACCUACACCAAACCAAACCCUAACCAGAUCAUCUCUGUGGGCUCAAAACCUGGCAUGAACGGGGCAGGAUUCCAGAAGGGCCUGACUUGCGAGAGCUGCCACACCACACAGUCUGCUCAGUGGUACGCCUGGGGCCCGCCCAACAUGCAGUGCCGCCUCUGUGCUUCCUGCUGGAUCUACUGGAAGAAGUACGGGGGACUGAAGACGCCCACCCAGCUUGAGGGGGCUGCUCGGGGCACAACAGAGCCACACUCAAGGGGUCAUUUGUCCAGACCCGAAGCCCAAAGUCUCUCCCCCUAUACGACCAGCGCCAACCGGGCCAAGCUGCUGGCUAAGAACAGGCAGACGUUCCUGCUCCAGACCACGAAGCUGACCCGUCUUGCCAGACGCAUGUGCAGGGACCUGUUACAGCCGAGGAGGGCUGCUCGGCGGCCCUAUGCCCCUAUCAAUGCCAAUGCCAUCAAGGCAGAGUGCUCCAUUCGACUCCCCAAGGCCGCCAAGACUCCACUGAAGAUUCACCCUCUGGUGCGGCUGCCCCUAGCAACUAUCGUCAAAGAUCUGGUGGCCCAGGCACCUCUGAAACCAAAAACACCUCGGGGUACCAAGACACCCAUCAACAGAAACCAGCUGACCCAGAGCCGGGGCCUGGGGGGCAUCAUGGUGAAACGGGCCUAUGAGGCUAUGGCAGGGGUUCCCUUCUCUGCCAAUGGAAGGCCCCUGGCUUCAGGGAUUCGCUCAAGCUCCCAGCCAGCAGCCAAGCGUCAGAAACUAAAUCCAGCGGAUGCCCCCAAUCCUGUGGUGUUUGUGGCCACAAAAGAUACCAGGGCCCUUCGGAAAGCUCUGACUCACCUGGAGAUGCGGCGAGCUGCCCGCAGGCCCAACUUGCCCCUGAAGGUGAAGCCACCGCUGAUGGCAGUGAGGCCCCCCGUCUCUCUGCCUGCACCCUCACAUCCUGCCAGCACCAAUGAGCCCAUUGUCCUGGAGGACUGAACUUCUGGGGAAGGGAAGGGGGGCUGGAAGUUAGAGGGUGGGUGCCCAGUUCACCCAAGUUCCCUUUUCCUGAGUGUCAUAGGGAGGGAGGGAGGGAAGGAGGGAGCAAGUGUGUGUCCUUGGAGGGAUUGGGCGCCCUCUGGUGUUACCACUUCAAGGCUUGUCUCCUUCCCUUGCUCCUCUUGCCUGGGGAUGGAGGCGGACUGCAGGAAUUGACCCAUGGUGGGAACCUGGCCUCUUCUGGGGGAUGGGACCCACAGCUGUCUUGGACAGUUUUAGGGGGAGGGUUUUUUAAUUUUUUAAAAAUUUUGCCUCCCUUUGUGAAAGGGGACAGGGGAGGGGACGAGUAAACAGACACCUGGUUGGGGGCGGGGGGCGUGCACUGCCAUGUUAUUCUUUAUUUUCUUUUUCCUAAUUGGGGGUUUCUCUUCCUGUCCGGUGUCCGGACUUUGCUAAACAGUUUGAGGCUCCUAAGCUGGCAUCAAACCCAGCCCAUGCUCUCUUUCCUCCCCUCCCCUUGUCCCCUCUGCCUUUUGUACGCCAAUUCUCAGAAAUAAAGAUCUUUUGUCCAUUUUUUAAAUGUCGAUUCUGUAAUUGGUUCUUACAGUAACAAAUAAAAAGCUGUUUUCUUCA